GUUAUCCAAUCCUUUCGCUUGCGUUUCGCCCUCCCGUCUCCCUUCUCCACAGUCAACCAGGGAGGGAGACCACCGGUUGUGUGUGGCUCUCUCGCUGCAGAUAAGGCUCCAACUCCUCCGGGAUUCUGUGGCCAAGAACCUGUGAAACCCUACGCAUCUUUACUUCACACAGCAGAAGGUCAACAGGAAGCCCCCGCCAUGUCCGCCCUUCAAGCGUCCCUCCUCUGUCGCUCCUCCUUCUCGCCGUGCUUACCCAGCCAACCUCUCUCCCUCUUCCCCCGCCAGCCUCUAUCCCUCUUACCCCGCCGUCCCGUCGCCGCUUCUCCUUUAUUGGCCUCCUUUUCUAUCGCUUAUUCCCAUCGCCGGCGCCUAUCUGUCUCUCCAUUUCUUGCAUUGCCUGAGAAACACGGCCCGAAUACCCAGGACGAUGUCUCUUCUUCGAGUCCGGCGGACUCCGGACCCGACGAACCGACGGUGAUGGCUGGAGAUUUGGGCUCUUUGGAGAAAUCGUCGGCGGUGGAGGUGCGGACUGAGUCGCAGGAGAAGAGAUUUCCGUUACUGGUGUUCUUUGUUGGCUUGUGGGAUUUGGUGAGGAGAGGGUUGGGCAGGCUGAACUUGUCGGAUUGGCUGAACUGGUGGCCAUUCUGGCGUCAGGAGAAGAGGCUGGAGCGUCUCAUUGCCGAGGCUGAUGCGAACCCUAAGGAUGCUGAAAAGCAGAGCGCUCUACUGGCCGAGCUCAACAGGCACAGUCCUGAGUCUGUCAUCAAACGUUUUGAGCAAAGAGACCAUGCAGCUGAUAGUAGAGGGGUUGCAGAAUAUCUGCGAGCCCUGGUUGUCACCAAUUCCAUUGCAGAAUAUCUUCCAGAUGAGCAAUCCGGCAAGCCUUCUAGUCUUCCAAUGCUGCUACAAGAGUUGAAGGAGCGUGCAGCUGGAAAUGAGGAUGGAUCAUUUCGGAACCCUGGCAUCUCUGACAAGCAGCCAUUGCAUGUAGUUAUGGUUGAUCCCAAAGCAUCUGGUAAAUCUACUAGAUUUGCUCAAGAACUACUUUCAACCAUCAUAUUUACAGUUGUUGUGGGACUGAUGUGGGUGAUGGGUGCGGCAGCACUCCAGAAGUACAUUGGCAGCUUGGGUGGGAUUGGGACCUCUGGUGUUGGCUCGAGUGCUGCCUAUGCUCCUAAAGAUCUGAAUAAAGAAAUCAUGCCAGAAAAGAAUGUCAAAACCUUUAAAGAUGUGAAGGGCUGUGAUGAUGCUAAGCAAGAGCUUGAAGAAGUGGUUGAAUACCUUAAAAAUCCAGCAAAGUUCACCCGCCUUGGAGGGAAGUUACCAAAGGGAAUUCUUCUAACUGGUGCGCCUGGUACUGGGAAGACUUUGCUUGCCAAGGCUAUUGCAGGAGAGGCUGGGGUACCAUUCUUCUAUCGAGCAGGAUCUGAAUUUGAAGAAAUGUUUGUUGGUGUUGGUGCUCGACGUGUGAGGUCCUUAUUUCAGGCUGCUAAGAAAAAGGCACCUUGUAUCAUUUUCAUUGAUGAAAUUGACGCUGUUGGAUCUACUAGAAAACAAUGGGAAGGACAUACUAAGAAGACUUUGCAUCAGCUGCUUGUUGAAAUGGAUGGGUUUGAGCAAAAUGAUGGCAUAAUAUUGAUGGCUGCAACAAAUUUGCCAGAAAUUCUUGAUCCAGCUUUGACAAGACCUGGUAGAUUCGAUAGGCAUAUUGUUGUCCCUAGUCCUGAUGUGCGGGGUAGGCAAGAGAUUUUGGAGCUGUAUUUGCAUGAAAAACCAUUGGCUGAUGAUGUGGACGUCAAAGCUAUCGCACGUGGUACUCCUGGCUUCAAUGGUGCAGAUCUAGCAAACCUUGUCAAUAUUGCUGCCAUUAAGGCAGCUGUAGAAGGUGCUGACAAGCUAACUUCUGCACAGUUGGAAUUUGCAAAAGAUAGGAUAAUUAUGGGCACUGAGCGUAAAACGAUGUAUUUAUCCGAGGACUCCAAGAAGCUCACUGCAUACCAUGAGAGUGGACAUGCCAUUGUGGCCUUCAAUACUGAGGGUGCACAUCCUAUUCACAAAGCAACCAUCGUUCCUCGAGGGUCUGCCUUAGGUAUGGUCACGCAGCUUCCUUCGCAAGAUGAAACUUCCAUAAGCAAAAAACAGUUGUUAGCUCGUCUUGAUGUAUGUAUGGGUGGGAGAGUGGCUGAGGAGCUUAUAUUUGGUGAAGAUUAUGUAACAACUGGUGCGAGCAAUGACCUACAUACAGCCACUGAACUUGCUCAAUAUAUGGUUUCAUCAUGUGGAAUGAGUGAUGCAAUUGGCCCAGUGCAUAUUAAAGAGCGGCCAGGAUCAGAGAUGCAGUCACGAAUUGAUGCAGAAGUGGUGAAGCUCCUGAGAGAAGCUUAUGAUCGAGUCAAGCGGCUACUAAAGAAGCACGAAAAUGCAUUGCACGCCCUCGCAAAUGCGCUGCUCGAGUAUGAAACCCUAAAUUCAGAAGACAUUAGACGAGUCCUUAACCCUUACCAAGAAGGCCAACUCUUUGAGCAACAGGAGGAGCUUGCGUUGGCUUAGAAAGGGCUGCUCUAAUUCUAAAAUAUUGUACAGUCCUGAAGCCACAGAAGAAAAAGCUUGGAAAGCUGGGGGGCUACAGCAAAAGAGACGACUGUGCAUAAAUGAGAGCUCUACUGCUUGUGGUAAGAAGCUUGUUUGAACUAGUUUUCAGUGUCAUUCAAGUAAUACAAAUGUUGCAACUCAGUAAUUAUAUUGAUUUUCCAAUAAGUUUUUCUUCAUUAUCAUCUACCCUUCAGACCUGGUUUAUUUUAUGUUUCACGACUUCA